AUGAAGUCUCUUGCUGUAGCGAGCCUGGCUCUGCUGCUCGUCGACCUGCGGGGUUCCGGGGCGGCCGCUCAGUCAAUCACGGGAGGCUGCCCUGCAGGCGGCUGGACCUAUACUUCUGUUAAUAAUAUUGUUUAUCUGAUCUGCCCUAACUCUGAUUACAACGUCGACAACCUCGCCAGCACCGCUGUACCGGAUCAGCCCACUUGUGCCGAGCUAUGCAGCCACACCACCAACUGCGUCAAUGUCGUAUACGAGCCAGGCUUGUGCCAUCUGAAGGGCGCCCCUGCCAAUCCGAAGUGGAUUAAGAGCAACUAUUAUACCACAAUCACCGCCGUCUAUCCCAUGGCUCCGGGUUCAAUCAUUGAGAAAGCAUGUCCGUUCAACCAGUCGACGUUCUUGUCAAACAAUCAAGUCUUUAGUUAUUGUCCGAACUCGAACUACCCCUACGACAACUCCAAGACGAUCGCCGUCAGGAGUCUGCAGCAGUGCGCUGACACGUGUGCACAGACUUCGGGAUGCCAGAGCGUGGUCUACGAGCCUGGCUUGUGUCAUCCGAAAGUGCCUACACAGAACCCGCGGAUGUUUGUUGAUAGGUACUACUCGACCUUCACUCAGCUCUACACCCUGCAGCCUGGCCGAUCCACCAAUGGGAAGUGUCUUGGCGGACAGACGUACUACGUUUCGAAGAAGGGGACGUACUACGAGAUCUGCCCAUUCUCGGACUUCAACAUUGAUAACCUGCAGAGUUUGCAGGCGUACGACAUUAAAAGCUGCGCCGAGAUCUGCGAUAAGACGCAGGGAUGCACAAAAGUGGUGUACGAGCCGCCGAGGGCGAUGUGCCACCUCAAGGGCUCGCCGUCCAAUGCAAACAUGAAACAGUCCAAUUAUUACUGGACCCUUGCUGCCGUUCCUUUCCGUGUCAAGAACGGGGUCAGUAUCGUGGAACGGUGCCCAUCCGGCGCGACUCUGUACACUUCCGAGAACGGUGUACAAUAUGAGAUCUGCCCAUACUCCAACUAUGGUGUCGAUAACAUCGACUCGAGCUGGCAGCCGAGUCAGAACGCGUGCAUAGAGUGGUGCAGCAAGACGCCAGGCUGCUACUUGGGGCAAUAUCAACCCAACAAUGGAAUGUGCUGGUCCAAGGGGUACCCUUUCCAGUCCGACUGGACUCAAUACGACGCCUACACGACUUUCAAGAUAGUCCCCACGUCAUACGCUGCGCCCGCGGUCCUCUCGCAAAAUGGCCAAUGGAGUCCCAUCCAGACACUGCCGUUGAACCCGGUGGCGGCCUACCUGGUUCCCGCAUACCCAGUCGUGCAAGAUUUCCUGUCAUUUAGCUCCUUCAGCCCCUUCACGUUCGGGGGGGGGCCGGCGUACUUCAACACAGCCUUCAUGAGAUACAACAUCAAAUCGAGCGCAGCGAGCCAGUUUAACGUCGCGGAGACCAAGCACGACAUGUUCUGCCCAGGCAUGAAUCACCUGGCCGACGGACGUUUGGUCAUCAAUGGAGGAAACACCGACGCGGCCGUGACGAUCUACGAUCCUUUCGCCAACACCUGGACUCGCGCGGCCAACAUGAACAUGGGUCGUGGCUAUCAGUCCUCGGUCACGCUCUCCGACGGACGUGGAUUUACGAUUGGAGGAUCUUACACGGGUGGCAUCGGUGGACAGAAUGGCACACCAAUGAAAAACGGUGAGGUCUAUGAUCCUAAGCUCAACAAAUGGACGGCUCUUCCCGGCGCGCUCGUCGCGCCGAUGUUGACCACCUACGACAAUGCCGGGGCCUGGCGAACCGAUAACCACGCCUGGCUUUACGCCUGGUCCAACGGCUCUGUCUUCCAAGCCGGUCCCAGUAAGAACAUGAACUGGUACAGCACGUCCGGCCAGGGAUCCGUCAAGGGCGCAGGGCAGCGCAAUACGCAGAACGAUCAGAUGUGCGGCGUUACGGUCAUGUACGACUCGGGUAAAAUCUUCGCGGCCGGCGGCGCGCAGAGCUACAGCGAUGAUAAAGCACUAUACGCUGCCCAUCGUAUCACGCUCAAUGGCGUCAACCAGUCGCCUACAGUUCAGCAGCUGCCCAACGCGAAAUACGCCCGAAUCUUCGCCCAGGCCAUUGUCUUGCCUAAUGGCCAGGUCUUUGUCACCGGCGGACAGGCGUAUGCGGCUGGCUUCACCGAUACCCUGAGUGUUCUGCAGGCUGAAGUCUACGACCCCGUGGCGAACACCUUCACGCCCGUUGCAGCAUUGGCAGUUCCCCGCAAUUAUCACUCCACAGGUCUUCUUCUUCCUGACGGCCGGGUCAUGAACGGCGGCGGCGGCCUCUGCUACGUCGGGGGCGGCUGCAACAGUGGCAACCACCCGGACCUGCAAUUCUGGACGCCGCCAUACAUGUUCGAUGCCCGUGGCAACCCAGCCACGCGUCCGCAAAUCAGCUCAAUCUCCGCCAGCCAGCAGUCGGGGAAUCAGGUCAGGGUCUCACCCGGCGGCAAACUGACCGUCGUUCUGGGUUCGUCAGGAGCCAAUCUCGGUCACGUCCUCGUUCGGAUGGGUUCCGGCACGCAUUCGAUAGACACUGAUCAGCGCCGCAUCCCGCUCACGGUGUAUUCGACUAAUGGCAACACUGUGGCGCUGUCUAUUCCCAAUGAUAACGGUGUUGUUCCGCCCGGCUUCUGGUACUACUUCGCCGUGGCUCCCAGCGGAGUGCACAGCAUUGGCCUGACAGUUAACGUAUUGGCGGCUUGA